AUGGCAGCCGCUCCUUCUCAGCCCUCUCAGCCCCUUCAGGAGAAGACCGACCUCCCCUCCCGUGACGGCACGGGCGAGGCGGGCUUCGUCUCCGACAGCAGCACGGCCAAUGUCCCUGCCAAGACCGACGGACAGCCACCGCCCUCGACGGCCCCCGAUGGCGGCCUCAAGGCCUGGUCCGUCGCCGCGGGCGCCAGCUGCAUCACGUUCUGCACCCUCGGCUUCGCCAACUCGUUUGGCACCUUCCAGCAGUACUACCUCACCCACCAGCUGGCCUCGCGCUCGCCCGACGACGUCGCCUGGAUCGGCUCCAUCUCCAUCUUCCUCCAGCUGUCCGUCGGCCUGAUCGCCGGCCCCCUGUUUGACCGGUACGGCGCCAUCGUCCUCCGGCCCGCCGCCGUCGGCUACCUGUUUGCCGUCAUGAUGCUCAGCCUCUGCACCGAGUACUGGCAGAUCAUGCUCGUCCAGGGCGUGCUCAUGGGCCUGUGCCAGGGCAUGCUGCAGCUCCCCGGCAUGGCCUCCGUCUCCCAGUGGUUCGACAAGAAGCGCGGCGUCGCCCUGGGGAUGGUCGUCGCCGGCUCGUCCGUCGGCGGCAUCGUGUUCCCCAUCAUCCUCGCCAAGCUCUUCAACGAGAGCGACCUGGGCUUCGGCUGGACGGUCCGCGUCGUCGGCUUCAUCAUGAUGCCGUUCAUGCUCUUCUGCGCCAUCGCCGUCGUGCCCCGCGUGCCCCCGCGCAAGACCAACUUCUGGCUGCUCUCCGCCUUCAAGAACAAGCAGUGGCUCCUCAUCGUCUUGUCCUUUGCCCUCUCCCUCGUCGGCAUGUUCACCCCGCUCUUCUUCCUGCCCGUCUACGCCGUCUCCAGGGGCGUCGAGCCCGCGCUCGCCGGCUACCUCAUCGCCAUGGUCAACGGCGCGUCCACCUUUGGCCGCGUAAUCCCGGGCAUCCUCGCCGACAAGUACGGCCGCCUCAACAUGAUGGUGCUCGCCGGCGUGUCCUCGGGCAUCAUCAUCUUCUGCUUCAACCUCGUCACCAGCACCGCCGGCUUCGUCGUCUACAGCGUCAUUUUCGGCUUCUUCUCCGGCUCCAUCUUCUCGGCGGCGAUCGCCGCCAUCACCGGCACGACCAGCGACCCGCGCGAGUUUGGCAGCUACAUGGGCAUGGGAACGGCCCUGGCUGCCAUCGGUCCUCUGAUCGGCCCGCCCGUCGAUGGUGCGCUGGUUGCGAAAUACGGCGGGUUCGAGGAGGCCAGCUACUUUGGCGGCGCCGUGUGCUUGGCCGGCGGGCUCAUUGCCAUUGGCGCCAAGGCGGUCCGGCCCGAGGGCGUCUUUGGCAAGUCUUGA